AUCCUAUUUGCCCGGCACACAGUUGUCUAAGAGACGACAACAGCGCACGCAACGCCGCAAGCAGGUCCUCCGGGCCGGGCUCAAUGAAGAAGGCCACGUUCGCGUACGACACCGACGUCGUCAUGCCCGUGGACGACGGCACCACCGCCGUAGUGAUCCACACGACCGUCACGAACUCAGGCGACGCCGUGAAGAGCUUCCUCCGAGAGAUCCGCAGGACCACCGGCGCCGGCGGCAAGAACGAGCCCCCCCUCAUCGUGGGCCUCGACACCGAGUGGCGCGUCGUCGUCUCCCACGACGACGGGUACCGCGACAACAGGAUGGCGGUCCUGCAGCUCUGCGUAGGCCACCGCUGCCUCGUCUUCCAGACCGUGCACGCCGACUACGUCCCGGCCGCGCUGAGGGCCUUCCUCGCCAACCCGGACCACCGCUUCGUCGGCGUCUCGGUCGACGGCGACGUCGAGCGCCUGUACUGCGACUGCAAGAUCCUCGUCGCCACCCCCGUGGACCUGAGGCACGUCGCGGCGGAGGUGCUGUCCCGGCCGGAGCUCCGCAGGGCGGGGCUCAAGGCCCUCGUGCGCGAGGUGAUGGGCGUGGUCAUGGAGAAGCCCAAGCACGUGACCAUGAGCAGGUGGAGCCGCAGGCCCCUGUCGCCGGAGCAGGUCCGGUACGCCGCCAUCGACGCCUUCGUGUCCUACGAGGUUGGCCGCCUGCUGCUCACCAGCCAGCGCGCGUUGGAACUAGAAGAUGCGGCCGGCGCCGCUGGAACGAUCUCGCCGUUCGUGUGCUUCGAGUUGCCGUAAAUAAUUUAAGCUGAUUGAAAAGAUGUGUUGUUCAGUUUUUCUCAUAGCUAGCACUAGCAGCGCCUGCUGUUGCGCUGGCAAAGAUUGUUAGAGAGUCAGCCGAGCGUUUUGCGACCAGAAUUAAAUUGUACGUUUUGAUUCACGUUUACUUAUUUCGUUGAUUUGAAGGGAAUUUGGAUUUUUU